CCAUUUCUUAUAAAUCCCUGUAGUUUAUCUGAAUAGUGAAGGAAUUUCCAGGGAGUGGCAAAAGUGCUGGGAAAUCCCAUUCGCAGUAUUUAAAAGCAAGAGAGCAAAAUUCUGGCAGUGUUACAAUGAAGUCCACACUACACACUUUCCCUGCUCUUCUGGUUCUGGGAAUCUGUAUCCAUUUCACAGUUCAGAGGGCAGAGAGUCAGUAUGUUCCGAACCGCUGCGUCUGUCUAAAGUCCAGCAACGGAGUCUGGGGACCAUUUUCAGAUUUUACAGUCACCUUAAAAAGACCUGGCUGUAUGAGAGAUGAGAUCAUAGUGAUUCUGAAGAAGGACAACCGAAAAGUGUGUCUAAGUCCUCAUGGACGUCAAGGCAAAAGACUGUUGAAAUGCUGGCACAGAAAACUGGCGGAGGGUAAAAAUGGGAAGACAUGCAUGGGAAGACUCAGACCACGGCGUCAGAAGAAGCAGCGUGCCAAAUCAAAGACAAUCAAAAGAUAAACAGUGCCACACCAGGACCUUCGACAGAUUCAGUAGUCUGUACAAGCUAUUUGUAGCAGUGUGGCUGUUGACAAAGUGUAUAUGAAGGGCUGGCCCCAUUCAUAACUAGGUUACCAUACAGCAGCACUCCUAAGAUUUACUCCUAUGCAUUGGAUCACAGUCUUUGCUGCAUAAUCCAGUGAAAAGGUCGUGUUUCAUUACCAGUUUUAGUAGGAUUUAUGAAAGCAGUCAAACAUAUUUUGCACAUUGUUUAUACUUUUUAAAAAAAAUAAUGUUAUUACAUUUUUUCACUAAGUUUUAUAAUAAAUUUAAAAACUUAAGCAAAAGAGUCUUGUUUAUUUUUUCUAACUUCAUUAUUAAUGCAUGCAUUUCACAACAAAUAAUCAACAGUGCGUGAAGAACUGGUUAUAAUGUAAUAAUCUUCCAGCUUCUGAAAGCUCGGACCAUACUACUGUUUGCUAAUUCAUUAAUGUAUUCAUUUUCAGUUACGGAUUUAUCCAGGUCGGACUUGUUCAAAGGCUGUAAUACACUUGUAGUGUAUUACACCCUGGAUGGGACUCUAGUCUAUCGCAGGGCAUCACACAUAUGUUCACACAUUCUGGCAAUUUAGAGUAACCAAUCCACCUAUUGGCAUGACUUUGGGAAGACAAACUGCUCAUACACUGACCAGAGAAGCUGUCUCACUCUCCACAAUUCUAUUUUCUGGGUCACAGUAAUUUUGCCAUCAUUUUACUGCUUUUGUUAUUGCUGCCUGGUGUUUUGAAAACUGACUUGAAAA